GUCGUGCGUUAUUUUAUAAACUUCCCUCACAUCACCUCUUACUUUCCUUUUCUCCGCUAAAAAAGCCCAAAUGCUGCCACUUUUCUUCACAAGGGAGUCGCUGCAUCCCCUUGAUCAUUCCAUUUGCCCUAUUCUGACCUUUUCCAACUCCACAACAUCCAUUUUUAAGUGAGCGGAAACGGCACACGGCAUUCCAAGUGUUGUCUUGCCAUAGGUCUAUUUUAUUUUAUUGUAUUUAGGAGUAUUUAUACCCCGCCUACUGAAUAAAGUUAUGUUAAACUGUUAUAUUCAAAUAGCCAUUUAAAUGGCACUGAUACAACAGUCACUAGAGCUGAACAGCGUAUGCAAGUCCCUGCUCCUCUUUUUCUUUGGCGUCCCAGCCACGUCAGUCCCACGCAGAGCAGGAUGUCCUCCCUGGGCCGCGGCUGCUGCUGAUGUCUCUUCUCACAGUGUGACAGCUGCAGCAAAGAUAUCACCUGCCUCCCUCCCAGUUCUUGGCUGUUCCAACCAUUGUGGAUCUCGUGGUUUGGCGCUGUGCUGCUGGCAGGUUUAUAUAUUCAGCCCCUUUCCUGGUGAUCCCUCGCACAUGGCUUACGGCAUGUUGAAUUUUUCCAACUUUCAGUCCCCAUCUCUUUCCCUUCGGAGGGGCUUCUCGGCAGCGCUUGCGCGCAGGGCGGGCUUCCCAUCGUGGGGGGGGGGCCAAGAAAGGAGCCUCGUCGCGGCCGCGAGGGAGCGCCGGCCUCUCUCCGGCUCAGCCGAGGCGGGUCCCGGGGGGCGGCUUCUCCUCCUGCCGCGGCGGCGGCGGCGGCGGCGUGUCCUGGGCAGGGCCUCCCGCGCGUGGGCCGCCUUGGAAGAUGGGCUGGUAGACGUAGAUGCCUCCCGCCACGCCGAGCCCGGUGGCCAGGAGCAGCUGCCCGAAGGACAAGCCCCGCCGGCCCAGCAUGGCCUCCGCGACGCCGCUCUCGCUCUCCGCGGCUCAAGCCUCCCUCAGGCAGACGCUCAACCGGUGCGGCUCCAGGCGCCGGAAGUCGCGCGACGGUCUCGCCCCGCCCCUUCUCGCGAGAAGAGCUGCCGGGAGCCGAGACGCGCAUGCGCAAAGGAGGAAGCAGGAUCGGCUUUUGGGCGCGCAUGCGCUCCGACGGGGGAGGCUGCCCCCGCCCCCAGGAAGGCGGAAGUGGCCGUCCUGGAGCCGCGCCGGCGUCGCCAUGGAAGCCGCGCGGGGGGUCGACGGCGGCGGCGGGAGGCGGACCCUGCCGCUCUUGUUGGGGAAAACAUUUAUCUGUGCUUGUUUACCAUCACGGUGAGGCUACUAAACUGCUUCUUAGUCCAGACAAGCUUUGUCCCAGAUGAAUAUUGGCAGUCACUUGAAGUCGCACAUCAUAUGGUUUUCAAUUAUGGCUAUUUGACCUGGGAGUGGACAGAAGGUCUGCGGAGCCAUCUCUACCCUCUGCUGUUCGCAAGCAUUUAUAAAGUGUUGCACCUGCUUAACAAGGAUGAUGUUCAGCUGCUGAUCUGGCUCCCUAGAAUAGCACAGGCUCUUCUGGCUGCGCUGGCAGACGUGGUGUUGUACUCCUUGGUGAAGCGACUGGAUGGCGCAGAGGUGGCCAAGUGGGUGUACUUCUGCCAGUUGUGUUCCUGGUUCACAUGGUACUGUUGUACCAGAACUCUCACCAACACUAUGGAAGCUGUUCUCACCACUUUCGCUCUUUACUACUAUCCCCUGGAAGCCACCAGGACAAAGAGGAGCAGCAUCCCUUACUUGACCCUGGUUGCUCUUUCGUUUGUGAUUCGCCCAACUGCUCUGAUUCUGUGGGUGCCUUUGCUGCUCCGGCACUUCUGGAAGGAGCCCCAGAAGCGGCACCUCGUCCUGCACAGCUGCCUCCCAGUAGGAUUGAUCAUUCUGGGAUCCUCUUUAAUUACUGACCGAGUAUUUUUUGGCAAGUGGGUCCUGGUUCAACUGAACUUUUUGAAGUUUAACGUGCUGCAGAAUGUGGCCACCUUCUACGGAUCCCACCCGUGGCACUGGUACUUCACCCAGGGCUUCCUUGUGGUCCUUGGCCCUCACCUCCCCUUCUUUCUCCAUGGCUGCUUCCAAGCAUCAAAGAGGCAUGGCAUACUCCUGGUGGUAGUGCUGUGGACAGUGGCUGUUUACAGCACCCUGAGCCACAAAGAAUUCCGCUUUAUCUACCCAGUGCUCCCAAUCUGCAUGGUGUUCUGUGGGCAUUCUCUUAAGCAGCUGAAAAGGUGGCAGCGGGCAGCAGCCGUCUCCUUCCUGCUGGUGACAAACUUGCUGCCUGCCCUCUACACUGGCUUGGUCCAUCAGCGUGGAACCCUGGAUGUCAUGGGCCACCUGCAAAGUCUCUGCAGCGCUCCUGCUGACUCUGCAGAGCAGCCGGCAUCCGUCUUCAUGCUCAUGCCCUGCCAUUCAACUCCUUUUUAUAGCCAUGUUCAUUGCCCACUACCUUUGAGGUUUCUUCAGUGCCCCCCUGAUUUGACCGGAAGGGCAAAUUACCUUGAUGAAGCCGACUUAUUUUAUGCAGACCCUCUCAGCUGGCUCAGUGAAACGUUUUCCAAUGUUACGCUGCUACCCACACACUUGGUGUUCUUCAGUGUGCUUGAGCAGGAUAUAUCAUCAUUUCUAGUUACAAAUAGGUAUGAAAAAGUUGCCACGUUUUUUCACACUCAUCUGCCUCAAGGACGGAUCGGGAGCUCCAUUCAUGUCUACAAAACAAAUCAAAAGCGUCUUUGAAGAUGGUCUCAGCCCAAACAACAAAUACAGGAAUGUAACUAUAUCUUGUUCAAAGAUCACCGCAUGGGUCUGUGUUUCACAUGAGAUAUAGUUAAUAGGACAGUCCUCUUCGCUUAGCAGUAAAUCUUGCUGAGUUAAUGGAACUCUGAUUGCAGCCUGGACCAUUUUUCAUUGCGGGUGUAGAGAAGACACACUUCAGCAUGGACAGCAUGCGCAAGAUAACAGAAGAGUGGCCUUAACAAAUGCUUUGAGUCCUUCUCUGAGGAUGUUUAGCUAUGCAAACUUAUAAAAAUAAAAGUAACUUUUUCCAA